AGGAAGUUCACAGCCGAGCUAGUAGCAGCUUCCUUUUACAGCUUUCGGAGGCAGAGGAUGAACAAGUGAAAUAAAGGACUUAAAAGUAUGCACCAUGAAACGAUGAAAAUAGCCAGAAAGAAAAACUGAGUCUACUUUCAAUUGCUGGAAUAUAGUUUGAGAGUAGAUGCAAAACUCUUGAGCUCAGGCUUGUGGGUGAGAAACAGGAUGCCAAGUUAUCAACCUUGGUGCCAUGGUACUAUAACUCGAUCCAAGGCUGAGGAUCUACUUUCCAAAGCAGCAAGAGAUGGAAGCUUCCUUAUCCGGGCCAGUGAGUCCAUACAGGGAGCGUAUGCCCUCUGUGUUUUAUACCAGAACUGUGUAUACACAUACAGAAUCCUGCCAAAUGAGGAUAAGAAGCUCUCUGUCCAGGCAUCUGAAGGAGUUCCUAUCAGGUUCUUCUCUAUGCUACCUGAGCUGGUGGAGGCAUAUUACAGUCCCAACAUGGGUCUGGUCACACAUCUGCAGUACCCUGUCCAGAGGGAGGAGGAUGUAGAUGAGGAGCAAGAAGCCAAUAAUUUUCCACCACAGCUUCCACCCAGGAACUUCACAGUCAAUGAUGUGAAAGACGGUGACCCCAAGUCCUUAUCAGACACCUACCUGAUAAGACUGCAGCAGAUGGACUUGUCCACACUACCAGAGGAACACCAAUUAGCUAUCCAAGAAUACUUCAGGACCUCAGUCAGCUUGGAUGCUGAACAAGCACAAUAUGGUUACCCUAACCUCCCCGGGCUACAGAAGCUAAUAUCGGCAAUCUGCAAGAAUCUAAACAGUGAAAUUUCCCGCAUCCUGCCAGCUUUGGAGGUCUUUCAUAGAGCAUUGGACCAACAACUCUCCCCAGGGAUUGGACAGUUUUCAAAACAAAUGUUUAGCGAUUCAGGUCAAUCUGUAUCCUUUAGGCUUGAGCAACUAACAAAACUGCUGUACUCAAUAGAAGAUAAGACUAAAAGCUCUAUGUUUGAGUCUGGUGGAUAUGAAGGAGGUCACAGGAAGUCUCUCAUUCCGCUUGUUACGUUUGAGGUCAAGCAAGAAUCUCUGGCUAUUCCCACAAAGAUGUUCCUGAAAGUAGAUGUUGAAAGUGGGAAGCUCUUUCUCAAGAAGUCGAAAGAUGGGCCUGAAGACAAAUUCUUUGUGCACAACAAAAUCCUGCAGUUGGUGAAAUCCCAGAAAAUGCAUGCCAAACUUGUCAUCGUGGCGGAGACAGAGAAAGAGAAGAUUUUGCGUAAAGAGUUUGUGUUUGAUGACACAAAGAAAAGGGAAGGGUUUUGCCAACUUCUUCAACAAAUGAAGAACAAACACUCUGAAAAGCCUGAACCUGACAUGAUCACAGUGUUUGUUGGCACCUGGAACAUGGGAAAUGCUGGUCCUCCCCACAACAUCAACUCCUGGUUUCAGUGUAAGGGCCAAGGGAAGACACGAGACGACACCGCCGAUCACAUCCCACAUGAUUUUUAUGUCAUUGGGACUCAGGAGGAUCCUUUGGGCGAGAGGGAGUGGGCAGACAUAGUGAAAGGUGUCCUGCGGAAAAUCACAAACAUCAGCUUUAAACAAGUGGCGAUCCACACUCUGUGGAACAUUCGGAUCGUGGUGCUGGCCAAGCCUGAGCACGAAAACAGGAUCUCCCACGUUUUUUCAGACAGUGUGAAGACGGGGAUCGCCAACACUCUGGGAAACAAGGGAGCAGUGGGAGUGUCCUUCAUGUUCAACGGUACAUCUUUUGGCUUUGUCAACAGUCAUCUGACUUCUGGAAGUGAGAAGAAACUCAGACGCAAUCAAAACUACACCAACAUCCUGCGAUUUCUGAAUCUGGGCGAUAAGAAGAUCAAUCCGUUUGACAUCACACAUCGGUUCACCCACCUCUUCUGGCUCGGUGAUUUGAACUACCGUGUUGAAUUCCCAUCGACAGAAGCUGAGUACAUUGUGACAAAGAUCAAACAGCAGCAGUACCAGGAACUCCUCAGUAAAGACCAGCUCAACAUGGAGAGGAAUGAUGGAAAGGUCUUCUUGCAUUUCGAUGAAGAGGAAAUCACGUUUGCGCCCACGUAUCGCUUUGAAAGAGACACGCGAGAGAAGUAUGCCUACACAAAGGCCAAAGCCACGGGGACAAAAUACAAUUUGCCCUCGUGGUGUGAUCGUGUCCUGCGGAAAUCAUACCCUCUGGUUCAUGUUGUCUGCCAAGCAUAUGGGUGCACUAAUGACAUCAUGACAAGUGACCACUCACCAUUAUUCGCCUCAUUUGAAGUCGGAGUAGCCUCACAGUUUGUCUCCAAGCAAGACCUAAAUAGUGCACCUCAAGGUGGGAUACAGAUCAUGAACUGUGUGGCCACCUUGUUGACAAAAUCCAAGACCAAGUUCUUCAUCGAAUACCAUUCCAGCUGCUUGGAGAAAACAGUCAAGACUUCAGAGGGAGAGAACACGGAGCACUCAGAUGGGUCAAUAAAAGUUUGGUUUGGCAACCAAGUUGAGCUCACCCCUAUCAUCUCUGACCCAGAGUACCUUUUGGACCAGCACAUCCUCAUCUGUGUGAAGUCGACAGACUGCGACGAGUCAUAUGGAGAGGGUUGUGUUGCGCUGCGAGCGGCCCAGUUCUGCUACACAGAGUUUCAGAUCACACUGACUCAUCACGGAGAGAAGACGGGCACUCUGACAGGUGGCAUUCAGUUACACACCUCUGAGGGCAAGCCCACUGAGAAGUUAUACGAUUUCAUCAAAGUCGAAAAGGAUGACACUGUCACUUCAAAGGGCAAAGGCGGGGAAGCCAACAAGUUUUCCAUCACCCAGGCACAUGAUAUUUCUAACCCCAAUUACAUGGGAGUGUCCUACAGAAGUGGCAAUGUGAUAGAUAAAGGUUGGAGCUACAGCAAGCCACCGAAAAAUCUUCUACUCACCGGACAAGGGAGUAAAGACUGCAAGAAAGGUGGCUAUGAUGUGGGCACACGCAGCCCCCCUAUGGGUGAGGAUGAAAAGGGGUCAGAGAUGUUUGAUAAUCCGUUAUACGGUUCGAGGGUAAAAUCCUGGGGCAAGGAUCCAGACCAUCAGCAGAUGGACCACCUCACACCUCCAGAUCCUGUUUUUACAAGCUCCAAACCAGCAGAUGGAGACUCUGAUCGCCCCCCACUGCCCACCCCACGCAACCGCUCCUUCACCCUCUCUGAGACUAAGCCUCAGCUCCCAGCCCCCAUCACGUCGCAUCCCUCAACAUACAAGAAACCAGUGGUGCCGUCACGCUCGGAAGGGGGGAUGGCACUCAACCGGCCUCCUGUACCUUCUAAGACCCGACCGGGUAUGCCGGAGCCCCAGAACCCCAGAGACAACUCAGAACUCCCCAGCAAACACAGACUGCCAGCAAGACCUGGCCAGCCACAGCCCCCACAAAGACAUGCAUCCUGAAGUUCCCAAGAUGGGCCGAUCUGUGAAGUGAGACCAGGCUGCUGCGAUGGUCAGCACGACUGUACAGCUUUCUCUGCAUUAUUGGAAACAUGAAAUACAUCGGCCAGUCAAUCCCUCAGCCAUUAUGUAUCACUAUUAUUAUUUUAUAAAUGACUAUUCAUUGGUACUGUAACAAAAGUUCUACAUUUUUGGGGAAUGUGCCUAUUCACUUGCUUGUUGAGAGUUAGGUGAGAAGAGCAAUGACGCUUUCAUGUUUGAGCUCACCUUCUCCACCUGUUCCUCUGGGUUGACCGGCCAGCUGGCUAGCAGCAGGAGGGGAAAAGGGGGGGAAUCUGGCAACAAGCACCUUUAAAGCUCAUUCAUUUACAUGUUUUAACACCGUUGAACAGAGCCAGGCUAACAAUUGCCCGUUUUUCUCUCUUUUUAGUCUUUAUAUUUCACAUACUUACAAGAACAUUGUAUCAAUCUUCUCAUCUAAUUCUUUUUUCCAAAAUGUCAAACUUUUCGUUUAAAGUGAUAUAAACAUUAGCAAAACAUUUGCAGACUUCAUUUCUGCUAAGCUCGCAUUAAGAAGUUGGUUUGGAAUUAAACUCUGCUUAUAAAUAAUUCUGUUACAUUUCUUUUUUUUUUUACACUAUACAGUAGCUAACGAAUGUUUACCGCACAGUAUUAUCUUGCACAUACAUUAACAUGUUUGCCUUUAAGAUGUACAAUAAAUGCUCAAAUAAAUGUAGCUUUAAUUUGU